AUGUCUCCAAUAGAUUUUAAAGAUAAAGUUGUUAUCAUCACCGGUGCCGGUGGUGGUUUAGGUAAAUACUACUCCCUUGAAUUUGCCAAAUUAGGUGCAAAAGUUGUUGUCAACGAUUUAGGAGGUGCCUUGGACGGUCAAGGUGGUAACUCCAAAGCAGCAGAUAUUGUUGUCGAUGAAAUUACCAAGAACGGUGGGGUUGCCGUUGCCGAUUACAACAAUGUUUUGGAUGGUGCCAAAAUUGUUGAAACCGCCGUCAAAAGCUUUGGUACUGUGCAUAUCAUUAUCAACAAUGCCGGUAUUUUGAGAGAUUCUUCUAUAAAGAAAAUGACCGAAAAAGAUUUCAAAUUGGUUAUCGACGUUCAUUUGAACGGUGCUUACGCUGUCACCAAGGCUGCUUGGCCAUAUUUCCAAAAACAAAAGUUUGGUAGAGUUGUCAACACUUCCUCUCCAGCUGGUUUAUACGGUAACUUUGGUCAAACUAACUAUUCUGCUGCCAAAUCUGCUUUGUUAGGUUUUGCCGAAACUUUAGCUAAAGAAGGUGACAGAUACAACAUCAAAGCCAAUGCCAUUGCUCCAUUGGCUAGAUCAAGAAUGACUGAAUCUAUUUUGCCACCACCAAUUUUGGAGAAAUUGGGUCCUGAAAAGGUUGCCCCAUUGGUCUUAUAUUUGUCAUCAGCUGAAAAUGAAGUGACUGGUCAAUUCUUUGAAGUAGCUGCUGGCUUUUAUGCUCAAAUCAGAUGGGAAAGAUCCGGUGGUGUUUUGUUCAAACCAGAUCAAUCCUUCACCGCUGAAGUUGUUGCCAAGAGAUUCUCUGAAGUUCUCAACUUUGACGACUCUGGUAAACCAGAAUACUUGAAGAACCAACACCCAUUUAUGUUGAAUGAUUACACUACUUUAACUACCGAAGCUAGAAAAUUACCAUCUAACGAUGCUUCUGGCGCUCCAAAAGUUACCUUGAAAGACAAAGUUGUUUUGAUUACUGGUGCUGGUGCCGGUUUAGGUAAAGAAUACGCCAAAUGGUUUGCCAGAUACGGUGCUAAAGUCGUUGUUAACGAUUUCAAAGAUGCCACUAAAACUGUUGAAGAAAUCAAAGCUGCUGGCGGUGAAGCUUGGGCUGAUCAACACGACGUUGCCUCCCAAGCUGAAGAAAUCAUUAAGAAUGUUAUUGACAAAUACGGAACCAUCGAUGUUUUGGUCAAUAAUGCUGGUAUUUUGAGAGACAAAUCCUUUGCCAAGAUGAGUGAUCAAGAAUGGGAUCAAGUUCAAAAAGUCCAUUUGUUGGGUACUUUCAACUUGAGUAGAUUAGCUUGGCCAUACUUCGCUGAAAAGAAAUACGGUAGAAUUGUUAACAUUUCAUCUACCAGUGGUAUCUACGGUAACUUUGGACAAGCUAACUAUGCUUCUGCUAAAGCUGGUAUCUUAGGUUUGUCAAAGACUUUGGCUGUUGAAGGUGCUAGAAACAACAUUAAAGUCAAUGUUGUUGCUCCACAUGCUGAAACUGCCAUGACCUUGACCAUUUUCAGAGAACAAGACAAGAACUUGUACCAUGCUGAUCAAGUUGCUCCAUUAUUGGUCUACUUGGGUUCUGAAGAAGUUGAAGUUACCGGUGAAACCUUUGAAGCCGGUGGUGGUUGGAUUGGUAACACCAGAUGGCAAAGAGCCAAAGGUGCUGUCUCCCACGAUGAACACACCACUGUUGAAUUCAUCAGAGACAACUUGAAAGAUAUCACUAACUUUGACAGUGACACUGAAAAUCCAAAAUCUACUACUGAAUCUUCCAUGGCUAUCUUGUCUGCUGUCGGUGGUGACGAUGAUGAUGACGAUGAUGAAGAAGAAGAAGAUGAAGGUGAUGAAGAAGAAGAGGAAGAAGAUGAAGAAGAAGACGAUCCAGUUUGGAGAUUCAACGAUAGAGAUGUCAUUUUGUACAAUAUUGCUCUUGGUGCCACUACCAAACAAUUGCACUAUGUUUAUGAAAAUGAUUCUGAUUUCCAAGUUAUUCCAACUUUUGGUCAUUUGAUCACCUUCAAUUCUGGUAAAUCUCAAAACUCCUUUGCUAAAUUGUUACGUAACUUCAACCCAAUGUUGUUAUUACAUGGUGAACAUUACUUGAAAGUCCACAAAUGGCCACCACCAACUGAAGGUGCCAUCAAAACUACUUUUGAACCAAUCUCCACUACUCCAAAGGGUUCCAAUGUUGUUAUUGUUCACGGUUCUAAAUCCGUUGACAAUGAUUCUGGUGAAGUGAUCUACUCUAAUGAAGCCACCUAUUUCAUUAGAAACUGUCAAGCCGAUAACAAGGUUUACGCUGAACGUAGAUCAUUCGCUACUAACCCAUUCCCAGCACCAAAGAGAGCUCCAGAUUACCAAGUUGAUGUUCCAAUUAGUGAAGAUUUAGCUGCCUUGUACCGUUUGACUGGUGACAGAAACCCAUUACAUAUUGAUCCAAACUUUGCUAAAGGUGCUAAAUUCCCUAAACCAAUCUUGCACGGUAUGUGUACUUAUGGUUUGAGUGCUAAAGUCUUGAUUGAUAAAUUUGGUAUGUUUGAUGAAAUUAAAGCUAGAUUUACUGGUAUUGUUUUCCCAGGUGAAACUUUGAGAGUUUUGGCUUGGAAAGAAAGCGAUGACACUGUUGUUUUCCAAACUCAUGUUGUUGAUAGAGGUACUAUUGCUAUUAACAAUGCUGCUAUUAAAUUAGUUGGUGACAAAGCUAAGAUCUAA